AUGGCGUCGAAAGUCCUUUUGAUCGCCGCUACUCUACCUCGCGUACUCGCUUGGGGUCCCCUCGGCCACGAGACCGUCGCUCUGGUUGCCACCGAGUUCGUGUUACCCGAGACGAGAGCAUUUUUCCGGGAAAUUUUGGGCGAUAACUCGUCCACCGACUAUCUCGCCGCUGUGGCCAGCUGGGCAGACGACUGGAAGAGAACGGACGAGGGCGCCUUCUCGUAUACCUACCAUUUCAUCGAUGCGCUAGACGAGCCACCGACAUCGUGCAAUGUUGACAUUGAGAGGGAUUGCGGCGAGACAGGGUGUGUCGUGAGCGCACGUGCGAAUUAUACCACACGUCUCGUGCAGAGCGAGCUGAACCGCGAAGAAAGAGAAAUCGCAGCGAAGCUUGUCAUUCACUUUUCUGGAGACAUUGGCCAGCCUCUGCACUGCGAGAACCUUGCUCGCGGCGGCAACGAUAUUACCGUGACCUUUGAUGGUGAGGCGACCAACCUCCACUCUGUCUUGGGUUAUAACAUUCCUGAGGCCAUUACCAAUGGCUCCACACGAGCAGACGCCCAUGCUUGGGCGGCUUAUCUGAUCUCUGCUAUUAAAGCUGGUCCGUACCGAUGCAAGACGCGGAACUGGGUGGCAGGCUUGCGGGUGGAUGACAUCGAAGACGUGGCGCUGAGAUGGGCCCGAGAAAGCAACGAAGAUAUCUGCACGGUAGUCAUGCAAGAUGGCGCGGAAGUGCUGGAAGUUGGCGACUUGGCGGGUGAACAUACUGAGGAGGCAAAGGGAACGGUGAAUUUGCAAAUUGCAAAACAUGGAUACCGGCUCGCGAAGCUUCUUGACGCUAUUUCUCAGGCGCAGUGA